UAUUUUGGUGUUUAUAUUUUAGUUGAAAAAUUGCCGGAUAGAAAAUAUACAAAACUAACUAAUGUGACGACAGAAUAGAUAUUAUUUUAUCCAAUAUGAAUAUAUUAGUAGUACUACUUAUACUGUUCAUUGUGAUUUAUUCUUGCGUCUCAUGGCUAUUACCAGCUUUGCUAGCAUGGCUUUUCAAAAGGAAGUUUCAUAUAAAGUUGAAAAUUGGAAGAAUCGCAGUGCCGAAAUUGAUUUUACGAGACGUUAGUUUGUCUAAAGACGGAUAUUAUAUUCACAUUGAUGAAGUGUCCUUCAGAAGCAGUUUUCUCAAUUCAGAGAUCAACAAGUUGCUGUCAGUAGUAAUAAAGUCAAUUGAUAUAACCAACAAUGCUGAGGAAAAAAGGAGUGUGGUUGUUGAAACAAUACUUAAACCUUUGCUGUCCAAGCAAAACUCUAAAACGGAGAGUGUCACCGAUGAUGAACUGAGUCGCUUGAACAUUUUGAGUAGAGAUCUAGUGAAUUUGAGUAACCAGAAGCUACUUGAUUUUAGAAACAAAAAGUUACCACCAAGUUUAAUAAUGUUUGCUCAGUUUAUGGGUGUUCAUAUAUUCAAUGCCACACUGAGAAUAAGUAAUGGAUCAGAAAAUGUGUGGUCGGUACAUGCAAGUGCCUCAGAGAUACAUGCAGACGGAGCGGGAGGUGGUCCAGCUAGAGCUCUGGUGUUCUCUGCAAACCUGGUGCAAGCUAAUGUUGAGAUUGUCAAGUCUGGUAGUGCCUUAGCAGAGGCUGCAUUUAGUGUCCUAAUUGAAGGAACCGUUAAAGCUGAGGAGCCACUUAAUGUUGAGAAAAUACAUACAGUAAUUGGUACACCGACAUUGCUGAUCCAAGAUGAAUUGUACCAUUUUAUAAAACAACGAAAAAAGCGAAAAAUGGUUCCUGAAUGUGAUAUAGUUGAAGACCAUUUGAGAACACUUAUACCUCGCCUUUCACCAGUAAUACCUAAGAUAUUUAGUUUAAAAGUGGACGAGACGAAAAUUAAUUGUGUAGACAACAUUACGAAGACAAUGUUUGAGAUAUCUCUGCAGAGCAGCCAGGUAAAUUCGCGGUUUAGCGCGGGCGCGAUGGGUGGGGCGGGGGUAAGCGACGCCCCCCAGGUAUACGUAGCGCUGCAGAUGGACCGCCUGCGACUCGCCGCGUCAGGAGACAAUCUGCUGUUCAUGGAUAAACUCAAACUAGACGCUAAGUUGGAGAAGUCGAUUCUCAACCUAUACCUAAUAGUGAGUACGCUAUCACUGAUGUACGUGCACGCUCGUGCGCGCCGCUGGUACGACGCUGCGUGCACGCUGCUGCGUCGCGACGGCGUUUGUGACGUCACUCCGACUACGCGCGAAGGCUGGCUCAUAACAGCGUUGCGUCGCGCGGGACGCACGUGCGGCGUGGCGGCGUGCGCAGAGCUGUCGACGGCGCGACUGCAGCUGUCGCAUGCACGCGCGCUGUCCCUCGCCUGCAACGGCCUCAAGUUCAAGAUGGAUCAGAUGCUCGAUACGAGAGAGGACGGUGGUCGGUCGUGGAGUGCGGAGGUGUUAGUGACAAGCGCAUGGGCGCGGCUGGCGGGCGCGGGGGCGGGGUCGGACGCGGAGGGGGCGGCGCCCGAGCGGCGCGUGCACGCGUGGCGCUCGGCGCUGCUCGGCGUUGCGCUCGUCAAGUGGGGCGAGCAGCGGCCAAACGACUCUAAGAUCGAAGCUAUGGUGGACAGUCUUCGGCUGGAGUGGAGUCCGGAGGUCGCGGAAACUGUGAUCUCUUUAAUGGACUGUCUCAAAGAGUACCGCAGCGCUCGGGCUUUGCCCCCGGCGGAGGCACCCCCGGAGCCUCAGCGCUUGGCACUCACAGUGUCACUAGAACAUAUUAAUGUUUUUCUGAUACUGAAUGAACGCGCGUGCGUCAUGGCGCGUAUAGAUGCGGUGUCGUUGGAGCGUACGCACGUUAAGACUGUUGCGGCCGUGUCCGGACUCAAGAUGGUCGAGAUGGUGCCUUAUAAAGAAAACGUCCACUGUCAAAAAUCCGACGAGAUCGCGUCGCCGUUUUUCCACGUGAAGUUGGCGCGGGUCGAAUUUGCCCCUUCGUUGGAACGAUACUCCACUCUCCUACAUUUUCACUUCAUUGAAAAUGUCUUCUUCGAGUGGAGCCCGAAUCUGCACCUCAAGAUAACCAACUUCGUAAGGAAGUUCAGAAGUUUUCGACAGGACAUGGCGGCGAGAAGACGCACAGAGGUAGCCAAGAAGGUCGGAAGAUCAAGGGAUUGGAGGGUCACUUUCAAGUGUGACACUAACCUCUCACUUAUUCUAUCAAAGGAAAAUAACAUGCUGUUCAAUACAGACGAUAUGAUAAUCUCGUACGACCACGUGGUCGGCCUCACGAUCGCGUGGUCGCGUCUGCGCGUGAUCAUCAACGGCGACGAGAUAAUAGUCGUCGACGAGUACUGCCAGACGCGCGCGGAGGACGACCCCGAUGUGCGCAUAGAGAGGAGCGCCAAUGAGGGCUUCCAGCUGGCUUGGAAUAAAGUCUGGUCGGUGAGUGUGGGCGUGGUCCGCGUGGCGUUUCCCUACAAGCACCGGUUUGCGGAGGCGGUGCAGGGGGACUUCGUGACGCUGUUCAAGUGGAUAAAGCUGGUGCACGGCAUACAGAAGAAACCCUUCACCGCUGAUAGCCCGCUGCCCAGCGAUCUGCAUAUUAAGAUUGACGAGUUAAUGAUCGAAAUGAGCGACGAUCCGUUCGAAGUGAAACUCCGAGACAACUACGAGCUGCUCGAAGACGAGUACAAGGAGAGCCAGAAGAGACGGGCUAUGUUGGACGCAAAGGUGCAAGAACUAUGCAAGCCACCCAUGUUCCUACCAGCGGGUAAGGUCGAGGAGCUAUACGCAGCUCUGCGUGCGAAGGACGCCCAGAUUUACGUACAACGCAGUCGCGCUGCACCGCCACCGCGUACGCGUCUAGUUGCGUGCGUGCUCACUGAGUUACGAAUUAUCGCGCUCGCAGACCCAAGCGUGCACGGUGCGCAGCGGGCUACUGCGCGUCUGAGAGAGAUAGAUGCGGACAGCCCUUGGCCAGAAGAGGGUGUAGAGUUCUCGACUCUGUGGUGCCGCGCGGUGGGCGUGUGGUGCGGCUCGUGGCAGCUUCGCCUACGUGAUUUCCCGCAGCCGCUGCUCAGUAUGACGCGACUGCGACUGUGGGGCACGCUGUUAGGUGCUGAGGAGGUGCCGCCGCCUCGAGCGGUACGCACAGUGGAGGUCGACCAGGGGGAUGGGUGGGGGCGCGUGCAGCUGGAGCGCAGCAUGAUGCCGCUCAAGUGGUACUACGACCUGUGUUGCGAGAUGACCGACUACAGCUACGCGUUCGGCCCGUGCUGGGAGCCCGUCAUCGCGCACUGCAACCUGGCAUUCGACAACGUAUCCCGCCCUUCUCUGGACCCAUCGGCACCGUUAGCGUGGUGGGACAAGGCGCGGCUGCUGCUCCACGGGCGGCUGACGGUCCAGGCGGCCAAGUUCACCUGUCUCCUGCACGUGUCCCUUGACCCUUACAACACGACAGAGGAGAUGGAGCUCACGUGGACUGAUCUCGUGCUGGAUUGGACUAAUGGCAAGCUGGGUUUCCUCGGCGAGCUUAAAGUAUUCGUGCGAACGGCAAGCAAGUACGACGACUGCCGCGUGCUGCGCAUGCCGGCGCUGCGGCUGGGCGCGAAGCUGGGCUGGCUGUGCGUCGCCGACCCGCGCGACCACUUCGCCGUCGCCCCCUGCGCGCCCACCCGCCUGCCGGAGUACUCCAGCAACCAGGAGCACGACUCGUACCGCGCGUUCCGCUCGCAAGGUUUGGACGUCCACUUGAGUAUGGACACCAAGCCGAUAGAGGGCGAUGGACCCACGCUACUGUUGUACGGCAGCACUUUGAGAUGGUUUGAGAGCCUCAAACUGAUACUAUCCGGCACGACGCGUCCGACGCGGCGCGGGCGCGUGUUCCGCAACCUGCGGCCGCGCAAGCCGCAACUGUCGCGCCACUACAGGAACGUCAGCGUGUCGCUCCAGCUGCAUAACCUGCAGGUGUUCUACUGGUCGUCAUCAUCUAUGCAGCGCGGCAUCGAGGCGCUGGGCGUGCGCGUGACGUGCAGCUCGCGUCACCGACUGUCGUUAGUAGCGGGCAGUGACGGGCUAUUGCGUCGGGCUCGCGCGAUCUGGGCCACCUUGUACACCAACUGCGAGCUGGGCGACGUGGAGGUGUGGCUGAAGACCGCCAGCCAGCCCCCGCCCCCGCCCGCUGAUGAGCGAGACGGUGAUAGGGAGGAGCGAGCGCGCACAGGCUGCAUGGAGAAAUGCUACUGCGUGUCAGUGCGGCGCGUGUCGUACGGCCGUGAAGGGGGCGGGCCGCCGGCGCACCGCCUGGCUGUCCACGACUUGCGUGGCGCAUGGACCAAACUCAACAGAGACUUGGCCUUCGCGCUGAUAGAUACUUAUAUCAAGACACAGCAAUUAAAGAAAAAUCUGUCAACGAAAGCGCUAAAAGACGAGGAGAAGCCGGCAACGACGCCAAAACACCAGCGCGAGACGGACGUGGCGUCGCCACCACCGGCGCCCACACAAGGCGGCGGCGCAGGCAUGCUGGCGGCGCUAGUAGCGGAGGCAGGCGAGGCGGGGGGCGAGGCACCGGUCGUGUUCAGCGACGAGCUGGCGGGCGCGGACGACGCCCCGCCCCCGCCGCCGCACGCGAGACAUGCCCUCGACGACUCGGACGCUCACACCGCCUGUCUGAUCGAGCUGGUGAACUCGCAAGUAGUACUCAAGGGGUGCGAAACGCGCGGCUACGUGAUCCUGUGCGCCGCGCGCGCCGAGGUGCGGCAGCGCGUGCGUCGUGCCCCGCCCGCCACCGCCUGGAGCGGCGCGCUGUCCGCCAUGCAGUACUACGCCACUGUGCAGGCGGCUGACCGGGAUCAGCUGGACGAGAACAUCCAGUGGGUGUCGGUAGAGGAGAUCGAGGAGCGAGUGGGCGGGCCCGACAUGAGCACGCUGCCCGACGUGCCCCGCCUCGUCGGCAGCGGACACUCCGCCGGCGGCGUCAUCGGUAGAACCGUCGGCCCGUCACCCGACGCCGGCUUAGCACAGCUACAACGCAUAGUGUCUCGAUGCGCGUGCGAGUUCUACUACGUGUCGCACGAGGACGGCGCGGGCGGCGCGGAGGGCGGGGGGUGGGACCCGGCGCCGCAGCCCUACGACUCCUUCACGCUCAUGCACCACGACCUUGACGUGUGCACCAACUCGCUGCAGUACGCGAUGCUACUGGACGUGGUGAACAACGUGGUGCUUCACGUGGAGCCGGAACGGCGGCGGGCGCUGGAGCGGCGCGCGCGGCACCGAUUCCAGCUGCAGCUGCACCGCGACACCGACCCCCACCCUCGAGACCUCAUCCACCGCCUGCAGACACAGGUGCGUGAGACGCUGGCGCGGCUGCGGCGGCUGGAGAAGGAGUACUACCUCAAGAACAGGAGCAUCGUCGGCGAUGAUCCCGCCGGUAUUGAGGAACUUAAACAUCUUGAUGACCAGGUGAACGAGUGCAAGGAGUCAGCUUGGUCUCUCGGCGCGGAGCUUGAUGCGAUGGUGCGGGCGUGGCGGGAGGCGCGGGGGCGGCGCGCGGGAGGCGUGGCCGCGGAGCCCCCGCCCCACCGCUACAACGAGAUCUGCUUCAAGAGCGCGCGCUGGCGGCUAACUGACGCUGAUGGCCAGCUCGGCAUCGCUGAUCUGCUGCUGACUAACUUCCUGUACACGAAGACAUCCCGGUCCGACGACUCGGUGGAACAUCAGCUGGAGGUGGGGUACGUGCGCGUCACCAACCUGCUGCCCAACGAGCCCUUCCCUGAGGUGCUGGCGCCGCAGGCCGCGUCGGGUCGUGCGCCGGUCGCGCGUCGGGCGGCGCUGCGUGUGUUCUGCCGUGACCGCCCGCCCGUCGGCGGUAUAUCUGUCAAGGAGCACUUUGAAGUCAAUAUAGUGCCUAUACGGAUCGGUCUUACCAAGAAGUUCUUUAACACGAUGCUCAAGUUCUGCUUCCCCGAGCGAGAUCCUGACACCAUGGACGAGGGGGAUGAGGACGGGGAGGGCCGGGGUGAGGGGCGUGGUGAGGGGCGGGCGCUGACCGGCAGCAAGAGGGUCAAGAAGAAGGGGAAAGACAGUAAUUCUAACUUCUACGUGAAGAGAGAUAAGAGGGAUAAGGAUGAUGUGGAGAAGAUGAAGGAGCGUGCUGAGAAAAACAAGCUGUUCAUCUACAUCAAGAUCCCCGAAGUGCCCGUACGCGUGUCCUACAAGGGCAGCAAAGAGAAGAAUCUAGAAGAUGUGCGAGACCUGCCGCUCGUGCUGCCCACCCUCGAGUACCAUAACGUCACGUGGACCUGGCUCGACCUGCUGCUCGCCACCAAGAGUGAUACCAGAAGGGUGAUCCUCUCGCAAGCCAUCCGUCAGAAACUGCAGCUGCAUCGCCGCGCCGCCGCCGCGCCUGAGCCGCUAGAGGAGGACAAAGCGCGUCUUCUGCUCGGCGAGCGUACCGGAACCGAAAACAAGCCGCAGAAAAAGAGCGCGUCGAGCGUGUUCAAGUUUUCCAAAUCAUAGCAAAAGUCGAAAAAGGUUCCGUUGAAAGACGACGACUGACUUUCGCGGACCUUUUGAUAUAUGCACCAUAUUGUUAGUAGAAGACGGUAGUAUUUUGUAGAAGACAUCUUCCAUAGAAGACAGUCUUCCAGUGUUACAAAGACUGAGGGAAUGAGCUAACUCCUUAACACUCUUUAGAAAGAGAUAGUUGUAUUGCUAUCUCUAUCACUCACUUGUUAUACACACAGACAUAAUCUUAGUAUAAUAAAAAGUUUCUAGACACUAUAUUGAUCUUCCUUCUUUGUCUAUUAGAAUGAUUGCAGUCUAGAAUGAUAAUGAUAAUGAAAAAAUAUUUUGAUUGAGUGAUAUUAUAAAUUGGAGUAUUUUUGAAGAACAAUGAAAAGUUGACUGAUUUAGUCGUUACUAAUAGUGUUAAAAUAAUCAAAAUGCCUAGAAAAACCAUACUAUUUUUAAAGAACGUGACUAGGCCCUUGCAUUUAUUAUAGCUCAAUAGUUAUGAUUUAUGAGUUUUACUAUUAUUUUUUGUCUUUAAUAAUUGACCAUAAAAGACAACUUGCAAUAAAUGUAUGUGAUUUAAAAUGAUUAUCAGCUGUUGAUUUAACUGUUUA